AUGCUUUCAAGACCAAGCAUCGAACGCGCUUCCUUACUCGCCUUAGGGCUUGUCGCAGGGAGCUCCCUGGUUGCUGCUGGGCCAUGCGACAUCUACGCCUCUGGCAACACGCCCUGCAUCGCGGCCCACAGCACCACUCGCGCCCUGUAUAGCGCCUACACUGGCGGUCUGUACCAAGUGAAGCGUGGCUCAGAUGGAGCCACGACGGUUAUCUCGCCGCUCUCCGCCGGAGGAGUUGCCAAUGCUGCAGCUCAGGAUACCUUCUGCGCCAGCACCACCUGCCUGAUCACAAUCAUCUAUGACCAGUCCGGCCGCGGCAACCACCUCACCCAGGCUCCACCGGGUGGCUUCAGCGGCCCCGAAGCAAACGGCUAUGACAACUUAGCGAGCGCAAUUGGCGCACCAGUCACGCUAAAUGGCAAGAAGGCGUACGGAGUUUUCAUGUCGCCCGGCUCGGGCUACAGCAACAACGCCGCCAGCGGCACAGCCACCGGAGACGCAGCGGAAGGCAUGUACGCCGUUCUCGAUGGAACGCACUACAACGGCGCCUGCUGCUUCGAUUACGGCAAUGCCGAGGUCAGCAGCACCGACACCGGCAACGGCCACAUGGAGGCCAUCUACUUCGGCGACAACACGGGCUGGGGAUCUGGCGCCGGCAGCGGGCCUUGGAUCAUGGCCGAUCUCGAGAACGGUCUGUUCUCCGGCCAAAGCGCUGCCAACAAUGCCGCCGACCCAUCCAUCUCCUCCCGCUUUGUCAGUGCCAUCGUCAAGGGUGGACCCGGCCUGUGGGCUAUUCGUGGUGGAAAUGCGGCCUCUGGCUCGCUAUCGACGUACUACAGCGGUGCGCGGCCAACCGCAUCGGGCUAUAACCCCAUGAGCAAGGAGGGUGCGAUCAUUCUUGGUAUUGGUGGUGAUAACAGUAACGGCGCCCAGGGCACAUUCUACGAGGGCGUCAUGACAUCCGGCUAUCCCACCGAUGCCACCGAGAACUCGGUGCAGGCAAAUAUCGUGGCUGCGAAAUACGCCACAACGUCGCUGACAAGUGGGCCUGCGCUUACUGUCGGUUCUUCGAUCUCGCUGCGGGCUACUACCUCCGGCUACACGACGUACUACCUUGCUCACACUGGCUCCACGAUCAAUAUCCAGGUGGUUUCGUCGUCUAGUACAACCGCGCUUAAGCAGCAGGCUAGCUGGACAGUUCGUGCUGGUCUGGCUAACAGCGCUUGUUUCUCCUUUGAAUCCAAGGACACCGCUGGUAGCUACAUCCGUCACUAUAACUUUGGUCUCUUGCUUGCUGCCAGUGAUGGAACGAAGCAGUUCAACGAGGACGCUACGUUCUGUCCGCAGACUGGUCUCAAUGGCCAGGGUAACACGAUUCGUUCAUGGAGCUAUCCCACCCGCUUUUUCCGUCAUUACAGCACUGUCCUCUACAUUGCUAGCAAUGGUGGUGUUCACACUUUCGAUGCCGCUGCGUCCUUCAACGACGAUGUCAGCUGGGUUAUCAGCACCGGCUUUGCUUAA